GUGUGUCCGCGGUUGGCCGCGAGACAUGAUUGAAAAAUACGAGAAAAAAUUCCACAAAAAACUCGACAAGAGAGAAAGAAAGAGCCGAACAGUUAACGAAACAGUGAUAAUAUUCGGGCCAACAGUGAUAUAUUCCAUCCGGAAUAUAGCCAUUAAAAAAAAUCAAUAAAUAAAUAUAAAAAUCGGAUGCAUGCAUCAUUACCCACUGAAUGCACUCGAAUGGCUGUGUUGUGCCACAGCACCCACGUUUACUAAUCCAUCUGUGUUACCCUGGAUAUUGUGGCGGCAACGAGUGAAAACAGUUGUCCCAAAGUGCAAGUUGAUAGUGUAUGUGGCAUUGGUAUUUUCAGUCCAAAUAAGUCAAUGUAUUUUUACAUUUGUUAGGGCUAUUGCGCACAGGCAAUUUUUAUUAAACGUUAAAACCACGAACGACAAGAGGACAAGCUAAUGGUUUAAAUGGACGCAUCGUCCAUUAUCACUCAAGUGUCGAGGGAUGACGAGUUGGGACACUUCAAUAACGAGAAAGCACAAAUACCAAGGGAGAAUGAACCGAGCACCAAUGGACCACCGGGAAAGAAGCCCCGAGGACGUGGACUUCUUCGUUCCCUGCUGUGCUGUCUGGGUAGAGGAAGAGGUGGUAGCUCAAAGAGCUCAAAAGCCAGCUCACUCCAGGGUGAUGGAAGAGGUACACCACCACCUGGCACUGGCUCACCGAGAUUCCUUCUACCACCAGUCAGACACCAGGAUAUGCACAAAAAGUGUAUGGUGAUUGAUCUUGAUGAGACACUGGUCCACAGCUCAUUUAAACCCAUCAACAAUGCUGACUUUGUUGUACCAGUUGAAAUUGAUGGAACAGUGCAUCAAGUGUAUGUUUUAAAGAGGCCUUACGUCGAUGAGUUUUUGCAGAGAAUGGGAGAAUUAUACGAGUGUGUACUGUUCACAGCGAGUCUAGCUAAGUACGCAGAUCCAGUGGCAGAUCUGCUCGACAGAUGGGGAGUCUUCAGAGCGCGACUCUUCAGAGAAUCAUGCGUAUUUCACCGGGGUAAUUAUGUCAAGGAUUUGAAUAAACUAGGCAGAGACCUUCAACAGAUCAUCAUCGUCGACAAUAGCCCAGCGAGCUAUAUAUUUCACCCGGACAAUGCGGUGCCAGUGGCUUCUUGGUUCGACGACAUGACAGAUUCGGAGCUCCUCGACCUAAUCCCCUUCUUCGAGAGGCUAAACACUGUCGACAACAUCUACACAGUUAUGUGCAGCAGCAAUCAUCCGUACAAUCAAGUAACUGGACAAAUGCAAAACAGUUCAAGCCCAGGUGGUGAUUCAAUAGGUGCAUCCUAGCCAAGACGAGAGCCUGGCCUCGCGGUCAGCCUCGUCGCAUCACGCUGCACCCUGAGGAGGGCUCUCGAUGGUAUACUUAGGGCAACUGGACUCACAUGCCGUUCUAUCGACAACAGUAAUUCGGUAACGAGCUAAAAUCCAGCCACUAAAAAUCAACUCCAAACUGCUGGAGUCAAUCAAUCGAGAUAAUUAAUUAUUCAUUGUCGUCUUGAGGAAGUUGAAGAGGAUAACAUACCCCUCCCCAUUUCAAAUUUUAGUCUACCAAUUGAACAAACGACUGAUUGUCGACGAUAAUUCAUUGAUAACGCUCAUUAAUCAACGGAAAGACUAAUGCCUUUUGGCUUCCAUGUGGCGAAAUAUUUAUCCCCAAAUAUUUUGGAUUGAUUAGCGAAAAACUUGGAGUACAAUGGAGGAGUGAUAGAGCCCUAUGAAAAUGUAUACGAGGAAAAAAGUGAGAGCCAAGGUCGAUGCAAAAUAAUCGAUUAAAUCUCCAGAGGCUAAACUACGAGAGACGCUUUUUUAUUCGUUAAUGUGCGGUCGUUAAUUUUUUUUUUGUUAGAUAUUGUAUGCAUAUCAGUGAAUUCUUUCAGUCUCCUGACGAUCAUUAUUAUGAUAUCAUUAAGUAGUGAUAGGUAGUCAUCUUCCAGAGAAUUGAAAAUCUAUUCGAGAAUUAUUUUUAAAAAAUGAUGAUCAAGUGGUGAAGUCUUGAGUAAAGAGGAGUUAUCUCGGAAACGAGCGGGUUUACGAGAAAAAGUGAUAGAAAUUUUCUUGUGGAUAAUUUGAUUCUCUCCGAAUAAUUUCUUACAAAAUUUUUCUCUCCGACCAUUGGUUACAGAGAUAUUUGCUAAAUUAAUAGGUGCGAUUCUGCAUUGACCUCAAAUCACAAUUCAGUCAGGUAUUUGGGCUUAUCGUGAACGUCGCUGGUCUGAGAGAAAAAUCUUGAGAAGAUAAAAUCUGGGAAAUUCAGUGAUGUGCAUUUUCUUUCCCAUGAAUUUUUAUGUAAACUCAAUAGUUCCAGAGAUAUCCACGAGUUGAGAAAAAGAAAAAUGCCUCGACUUCACCAUAUAAUCGAACAAUCUUCAUUUUUCGCGAACAAAUCGAUCGACUCGACUAAAUCACCCAAUGAUAAGCUUGCCACAUGGACAAUAACUCCGAGGAGCCAAUCAACCCUGUUAAUAUAUCCCCUCCCCCUUUACAAUCACCACUUCCAAGUGUUACGUCUUUUGUAACGUACGAUGAGAAAAAUUUAAUUGUCUCAGAUUGCAGCAUCAAUCGUACCAUGAAUAAUCAUCCAAGCCCUCGAGAAUUCAUUGUCUCUCGUUAUCCUCUACCUUCAAUUCUUCCUCUUUCCCCUCGUCAAAGCAAGAGAGAAAAAAUAAUAAAUAAACUGCCUCAAGCCGAAACGAAAAGAAAAUCUCAAAAGAACUGCUUUUAAAAUAUGUGAUUCCCAUCCCCUCCCCCUGCUCUCGAGAAAUACAUUAAAAAUAUAUAAAAUGAGCCAGUCUCGUAUAUUUCUUUAAAAUAUACACAGAGUACACAUGAAAUACGUAAAUAAUAGGAAAUUUUUUUCAUACUUCAUGCAGAAAAUAUAUAAGAUAUAUGAAAAAUGUUUUAUAUUACGUUAUAUUUUUUAAAUAUUUUUCCUUUUAUAUAAAUCGGUGGCAUUUUAUAUAUUUAUAUAUGUAAUUCCUCGUGUGGCUCCAAGUACUCAACGAUUCCCUAUUACUCCCCUGACGUCAUCAUUUCAUGAUUGAAAGCAGCAGUUGUACUUAUCAAAAUGAAAAUUAUUGAUCGAUCGUAUCGAUCAUCAAUACGUACUUCAAUGAGGGGGAAGUAUAGGGAGGGAGAAGGGAGAAGAUUUGAUCAGUGACAUUUCCUCUACACAUCCGGUUUUUUAAUAUCAUCCCGUGGGGUAUUGGUUUUUCAUUAAAUAAAUGAAGUUGCAAGAGGAAGUUGUGAAAGUCUGUAAAAUUUAAUUUUCCUACGAGAGAAUAAAUUGGGUGCCAGCCGAUAAAAUGAUAUAACUAAGAGAUAAUGCCUGUGAGAAAAAAAAUAGAGGACUAAGCAGUAGGGAGUAUCAGCUGGGACUAAAAGUGGAAUGAAAAUGUGAAGAUGAGUGGACGAACGGUGAAAACAUCUGAAUAAACGACAGAAUAAAAACACUCGGUAAAUGUGUUUUUUAUCAGUUUAAAUUUGUUUGCAUCGAUAAACUCGACUGGGUCUCAAUCUCACAAUGCUAACGAUUAUUUGACAUUUUUUCCUUUUGUAAAUCGAUAUGAAAAAUUAGUGAACAAAUUGGUGCUUCCGUAAUUGACGAGGGGUUUAUUGAUAAUUGAUUAGGAGUGCGGUUCCGUCGAUUUUUUAUAAUUAUACACUUUGUAAACGAGAGAAAAUUUUGUUUCAUGGAGAAAUUGGACUCAAGCGAAACGAAAGAUUUUUUAUUAUCCAGAGAAUACUGUUGAAAAAGAGAAAUUGUAGGAGAUUUUUCACUUGUUCGAGAUAAUUCGGCAUUCAAUUAAAAAUGAUUGACUUGGAAAAACCGUGGAAAAUAGAAAAAUGAAUUGAAUAUUAAAUAUCAUUAAAAGGGGAAAAAUCCUGAAAUUUUUCUCCUUUCAAUUACACUUUAGGGAAUAAUUGACAGGAAAUGAAUCUUUUCAUCAAUUAUCCCCUGAAAAUUUGUCCAUUAAAUCGAGAAAUUUCCAAGAAAUCAUCAGCAAAAAUUAUUUGUCGAUUUAUUUCGCGACCGAACGACUGAGCAUCUCCCAAAGCAAUUAAAAAAUCUUCCUGAAAACCAAAAGCAGAAAGUCCCACGACAUUUUCCCCCUCCUCACCCCUAAAAUCCUAAUCAGCCUCAUUAACUAACCGGUACUUACACCAUCAAAAAAAUUCUCCAACCCACGACAAAA